AUGGCUCGACUAGACAGACAACCUGCCCGUGCAGCUUCGUUCCCGCCGCCUAAGAGUCGCCAUUCUUCGUGGCCUGUAUUCCAUCGGCCCAAACCUUCGGCCUUUGAUCCAGAGCUUUCUGAACCCACCUGCCUCUCAGCGAUUCCACAUGGUCCAGAGGCCAUCAGCGACCAUGUGAAGCACUACUUUGGGUGCAUUGAGAUCGCCGAGCGUGAUAAGUUUCUCGACGCUGAAAACGAAGUAUGGACAUACGAACGCGGGCUCGAAGCUCAAGCUCUCCGACUUCUGCCCGAAAAUGCCUGUGAUAGCGACGAGACAAUCGAAGAGAAAGCUCGACAUCUGGUGCAGAAGAAAAUCGAGAAUGUGGCCGUGUCCAUUGAGGCCCAGUAUCGCCGGACUGAGGUAUUGCUUAUUGCUUUGCGGAAGCCGUCCAGCCCUGGGCAGCCCAGUGAGCCUACGUCCUGCCACGUCCCUUCAAAGCCCACCUCCCUUCCAGCGCACGGCGAUCUCGUGGGCUAUGUUGAACAGAGUCGGCUCAAAUGGAGACGCUCCAAGCGGUAUAAGAAAGGGAUCGAUAUGGUUCGCAGAUGGAAACGGCGAGAGGCCAUACCUGAUAACUACGAGGAAGAAUCGGACUCUACGGCGGCCGAUGACAACCACCUGGAGGAGAGAUAUAAUGCCGAACUUGAACUAGGCGACCAGACAGCCGAAAGGGAACGCGAGCAAGUCAGGCGAAUAGCUCAUCAACGCCGGGAACGUAACCCGAACUCCGAUGAUGUAGGCUACGAUUUGGAGCACGACGUCAACGCAUAUGUCAUUCAGUACACCCGACAGGUCCGGGCGGCGGAUUCAGGAACCAAGCCGGGUGAUAUCCCUCCGUUGGGUACCGUACUCACGCACUCUCCAAAGAUCUUGCCCGCAACGGCAUCCGCCUCGACCCGGGUGGCAGAGAUGAGUAGGACCUCGACUGGGACAGUGUCCCAAAGUAGCAUUCAAGAGACCAGUCUGAGGCCGGUGGAUGAAGAGCUGAGGGAUACCCGGUUUAAAGGCCGAUUCCCAGGUCAGCGCAUCUCCAUACACGACCUUCUUCGGCGGCCCAGUGAAUUGGAGGGCUCCCAGAAUGAAAUCAACAUCCUCUCGAAAAGUAAAUGCGCGGAGAAGGACCCAACCAGAAUCCGAUACGUUCACAUUCCAUACAACAACAUGGAGGUAAAGCCUGCCAUCAAUACACGCACCCAUAUGCUCCUCCGUCCGCAGUUCUGGCGUGGCCAGCAACACGAAGCCAGGAGCGGGGUUGUCCAUGCGAGACACAUGCGGCCUCUCUGUGAAAUUGUCUCUUCCGACUUGGGCGAGAUUGAAGAUUGUCCAAAACCAAAUAACAUUGUCCUCUUUAUGCCGUAUCUGCAUUGGGAAACUGACCGAAUGAGAAGCUCAAUAGCAAAGACCAUUGAUAUUGAGUCCGAGAAACAGCGCAGAAAGACUGAAGAGAUGAGCAUGAAGAGGAGAGCUGAGCGCAGGGACCAAAGAAAGACCCUUCCUCGCGGCGCAACGCGCGUAACGCAUUCUGAUGAGGAUGAUCCAGCGGAGCAAUUACGUCAGCAUGGCCGCCAUGGAGCCAAGCUCAGGCCGACCAAAGGCCCGCACGACGUAGCCGAUAUUGUUCCUCACUUUGUGACGGUAGAACGCAAUGGAAAGGACAUCAAAAUAGGGGAGAAUGGCCGGCUCAAAGUCAAGACCCGUCUAGGGCAAUAUCUCAUUGAUGCAGCCAGGCUCUUCGAGGCGAUGGCCACGUAUCGGGACCAGCAGAUGGUUGAAAAGUACCUGUACAACGAACCCCCGCUUCAUCCACGCCGGACUCUGGACCAAGCCUAUUACUGGACUCUCAAGACGACCGUGGCCCGAGACCGCGAUCAAGUAGUCUACAGAGGCACUAAUAUGGAUCUGGAUUUCUGCCACCGCAUGCAAAACCGCAAUGACGGCAACACCAAGCCCCUCGUCGAUGGCAAUGCUGAGAAGGAGACGAAAUGGAAGUGGACGGGUCACUUUAAGAAGACGGACGAAGAUGGCUGUAAACAUUGCCGAGACAAUAUACGGAAGAUUUCACAACUAGUCAUGGUGGACCAACUCUGGAUGUGGGUUCUCGACGAACAAACAAUCAUCACUGCAUUCCCAAGGCGGUACGGGUUCAACAAAAACGACUUAUCUGGCGUCCACAGGUCAAUUCGGAGACGGCUUGAAUCUGCCCGCCGGAACCAAAUCAGAUCGGUAUAUGAUUUGGCCCUCAUCAUCCUCGACGAAUGCACGAACACCUUUUUUGACCGGACCAAAACGGUGACAAACAAACAUACCAUAUCGUUCCAGCAUCUCUGGCAUUGGACUGAAACGGCAUCGAAGGUCUACCGCUCCACGUCAAAAUACAUUGACUCGUUCCAGCUACAUAUGCCUCUCCUUGACAUUCACCCUGAAGGCAAGCUUCAACGAGAGGUGAAGGACAUUAUUGAGGAGCUGGACAUUAUGCUGCACAUACACAAGAAACAGCGCGAAAUCAUCCGGCGAUUCUGUAAACAUGUCGAAAAUAUCCUGGAUCCGGAGGGCCAGUGGAAGGAUAGUAACUCUGAACGUGCCGAUGCCUUGGGGGCGAAUACGCGAAAAUGGAAACAGCUCGACUGGUUUCGCUUGCAGUCGCGCGAACUACUCUCGGAUGUAGACGAUCGCAUCGACGAGCUAGAGGGAUUGAGGAGAGGCGCCGAAAGCACGGCGCAGAGCGUAAGUUUCUAUCAUAUCACCAGACUUGCAUGCUACCUUACACACCUCCAUCUGACACAGGGUAUCAGCUCCAUCACCUCCUGUCUCUGA